AUGCAAAGUUUAAUCCGAACACCACACCUAAUAGCGCCAACGAUUGCAGUGGUGAUGCUGCUCUUGCUGAUACCAACCUCUUCGGAAGUGGAAAUCGAUUGCAACAGUUUACGGAUGGGACAGUACAUCUGUCCGGACCCAACGCUUCGUCAAAUCGAUCCCAAAACACAGCAGCUUCGCGGAUGUACCCAGGAAAACAAGGCACGCGUGUGGUGCGUCGCCGUGGACGGUAUUGUGUGCAGUGAGACGAAGAACACGAGCUUCACACGCGAGAUGCCAUGCAAAUGGACCAACGGAUAUCACUUUGACACGGCGCUUUUGCUAUCCGUCUUUCUUGGCAUGUUUGGUGCAGAUCGGUUCUAUCUCGGAUAUCCGGCACUCGGGCUGCUAAAAUUCUGCACCCUCGGUUUCAUGUUUCUGGGCCAGCUGGUGGACGUGAUACUGAUAGCAACGCAAGUCGUUGGGCCAGCCGAUGGGUCGGCAUACAUCAUACCGUACUACGGACCGGUCAUUACUGUCGUGCGAAGUGAUAACUGGACGUACCGGCUAGCGCAGGAUAACUGGUGA